UAGGGCCAUCUAGUUUUUUUUUCUCUUCUUCGGGGCCGGGGAAUAUGUCGGCCAUGGUGACUGAGGAGGGAUCCAGGUUCGGGUCCGGAGGGUGGAUGUGGGAGCAGGACAUGGUGUUCGAGAGUACGCCGGCGUUGGUGGAUCUGGAGAAGGGCGAGGCUGUGUGGAACAACAUGGCCGGCGUCGUUGAGGUGAAGGGGUCCGGAUCCGGGUCUGGGCCCGGAGGGUGGACAUGGGAGCAGAACAAAGCGUUUGAGAAUGCGCUGGCGUUGGUGGAUCUCGGGGAGGGUGAGGCAGUGUGGAACAAGAUAGCUGAUGCUGUUGGGGGGAAGACAGCCGAGGAGAUCAAGCGGCACUAUGAGCUGUUGGUGGCGGAUGUGGACGCCAUAGAGGCGGGCCGGGUGCCGCUUCCCGUGUACACUGAUGGCGGGAGUCCUGAGGAGGGAGGCUCCGGCGGGAAGAAGGGCGGCGGUAGGGUAGGAGGAGGACGCGGAGGGCAUGGGCCGAAGGGUUCGUCCAAGUCUGUCGAGCAGGAGGGCCGGAAGGGGAUCCUCUGGACUGAGGAUGAGCACAGGUUCGUGCAUCCAGCCUUCGUUUUAUUGUCUGCAGAGGAGCCAGCACAUGUUUCCUCCACUUUUUUACCUUAUCUGUUCAUAGAGCAAUUUUGAGUUAUACUUAGAUGUUUGAUUGAUUGGGUUGCCUCAGAGCUAAAAUAUCACUACUAUUUGACUGGCGAUUCUGCUGAUACACCCGUGUAGUUGCAAUGCCCCGAGUGUUUUGGAAAUUUGCUCUUUUAGCUGUCCUCCUCCUCCUGCUACUGCUUUCUAUUGGAGACUGGAUGCGUGUACGUUUGUCGAUUUGUCGUAUUUUGCAGAUUAGGUCACGUCUUGCGUGGUUGUUCGUAGAUUCAGUGCCUCUAUUGGUGGAUUAACUACUUUAGUUUGUCACAUGGACAGCUCCGUCACUGUAAAAGGAUUGUGUAUGUUCUGACAUUUUGUUGGACUAACUACUUUAGUUUGUCACAUGUUACCUUAUCAUGAAAAGUCUUUACUCAGAUGUCAGAAACUCAGAACUGUGGUUACCUAUGGAAGAAAGAUUUUUCAAAUGUGUUCUAGGUACUAAAACAGAUUUAAUUGUUUAAGGGAAGGAACCCUUUGGACUAUUUCUUCACACAUUUAUUUUCAUUGUCUGGGUUGACUGAUUUUAGUAGAUUUUCUCAUGCUAGUUUGCUAUCCUAAAUAUACUAAAAUGUUAGAAAGUAAUCUCUUGUUUGAUAGGUUAUUGUGGCAAGUAAAACUCGACCUCCAUUUAGUUGAGUGAAUAUCUUUCCGAUAUGGAACCUUUUACAGUACACUUCUUUCCUUCUAAAUGUGAAUUCAAGUAUAUCAUCAAGCAUUUCACAUUUGGUGCAGCACUAUGUAAUGGUGUACUUCUUUUCGAAGUUCUGCUCCUUGCUUCUAUAAAUUCUACAUAUGGUUUCUCAUCUGUUGGUGUAUAUAUAACACCUUUUGGGCAAUAAUUAUUCACUGUUCUGUGUUAAAGCUUUCAACCCCGAAAGCACAUGACCAGUACAUGUUCGUUUUGGCAUGUGCUACAUGUCAUUAGAAGUAGUCCACAUAUUUCAGUCAUUUGCCGUUCUUGUGAAAUUCCAAAGUAGUUGAUCACAGUGGUUGUGAUCAUUUCUGUGGCUGAAUAAGAAAGAUAAUGUUAUUCAUAAUUAACUCGAGAAGCUAAUUUCAGUACUGACUGCAUUUAAAUAUUUUAGGGGAAGUGCUUGGUUGCAAACUGAUGGAUACUGCCUCCUCCAGGUUUCUCUUUACUAGUCACUGAUCUAUGCUAUGACCUGAUUCUUAAC